UCGUGUGUAUUAAACUUACAAUUUGAAGUGAAGUUAACAGUUUAACAUACAGUUUUGUUCUGUGAUGUUUCCUACAAGUGUAUGAAGUAUUAAGGAAAUUUUGUAAUGGUUUCUCAAGACCGAUUUUUAAAUCAUAUUUUGGAAGGCGGUGUUAAUCUAAACUGUGAAAAGAAAGUUCGUAAUAGUUGGAAAAGUAAGUCGGCAUAACAAAACAAUGAAAAAAAAUUUGAUGUACUUUUUAUAACUAGUCUACUAGAUCUACAUAUCACUGAGAAAGUCGAGUAUUUAGUCGGUAUAUAACAGAAGCAGAGUAGAAUCUCGCAGUCGUGUGACAAUCGUAGGGUGGAAUGGAAGAGCUAUAUUUUAUCGUAGAUUCAUGUAUAGGCGAUUUCGCUAUAUGUUUAUAUAGCAACUGCUGCGGAUCGUGUUAGAAUAUGAUAUACAAAAGGGAAUAAGUAUUAUUUGAAAAACAAAUAAGCGGCGCCAUGAGAAAACCAACAUAAUGCGUUUGCGAUCAGCAUGGUCAGGAUUCAUGCUGUUCGCUUUCAAAGCCUAUUGCAAUCAGAGAAACUGUUAGCGAACAGCAUGGAUCCUGACCAGACUGCGCAGGCUAGUCUGGAUUCAUGCUGGUCGCAAACGCACUAUGUUGGUUUUCUCAUGGCGCGGCUCAAAUCUCAUUUUCAGAAUAAUCUCCAUGUCAACAAAAUGGAUGCCCUUACAGAAAAUGACACGAUUCGUUUCAAAUGUUCAGAAUCGCUUAUAACGUGCCAGAUAUGUAUGGAAAUAUUUGAGAGUCCAAGAAUUCUACCAUGUCAACACAAUUUCUGCAAAGCAUGUGUCAUUUCUCUUGUUCGAAAGCAUUGCUUGUACGAAGAUGGGAGAGCAAAUGGAAAGUCUUUCCCGUGUCCCAUCUGUAGAAAGGAGUGUAAAAUACGUCAAAAAGGAAUGAUUUGCAUAGAGGAACAUUUAAAAUUUUUCCCGAGAACCUUUUAAUGAAAUCUUUACUAGAAUCGGUUGAAGAUGCUGAAGAAGAACCUUUGGAAAAGUCGGAACUUGGUCCUACCAAUGCGUAUACCCAACACGGUGACGGAACCCAAGGUGUUCUGUAUAUGUUACCUGAUGAUGAAUACUUUACAAGAAAUAUCUUCGAGAAAUACAUUUACUUUUUAAGUACAAUACAAUAUUUUAUCUCUACGGCAAACCAUAGUCAACCCUUCACGGGACGAUGGACAUUAAACAGGUUGCGACGUUCGGAACUGACCGACUUGGUGUAUGAUUUAUGCAUUAUUCCUACUGGGAUAUAUAAUACAUUCCGUUUCAGAAAUCUGCCAAAUCUAGAUCGAAUGACUUCAUUUAGUUUUAAGUUAUAUCAAACGCUUGGAGACAGCAAUUUCAGAAGAAGCUGGGGUUGGUAUGACGAACCCGAAGGCAGCUUUGAUGUGAGAAAUGUACAAACACAGACCGAAAACAUGUCUGGUUACUAUUUCUGUUCAUUGGAAUUUAUCAAAGAUUUUCUAGAAGCAGUUAUAGCUGUGCUGUCAGGUUACGAUGAGCUCCCUUACGGAACAGCUGACCUUAUUUUUGCUCUGGUAUCUCAGUUAAUUACUACAGUUUUGACAUUGUGGCUCUUGCUUGAAUAUACCUUCACAUCUUUGAUGAAUUUGUAUGGUGUUUCAUUCAUUAUUGUGCUGUCGUAUUUCCUCAUUUUUGAUCAGAGACAUAUCUUCAGGCGCAAUUUUUUCUCUUCAGCUACAUGCAUAAUUCUAUGUAGUUGGAAGUUUGCCAUAGGCCUUUGCAAAGUCUAUAUUCUACGUAUUAUGCCUUUAAGAGAAUAUUCACACACUUUGAAUUCUGGAAUUUAUUUAAGGUGUUUUGUCCAGAUAUUGGUGCAAUUAUUUUUCAACUUGUGUAUAAUAGUGAAUAAGUUCGCUUUGCAUUGUUUUUAAAAAAUGAAUAAACUUUCUUAAAAUAUAUCAAUAUAAUACUCUUUUCAUGGCACAAAACCUUUGAGUAUCAACUGAAAUAGAAAAUAAUAUC